AUGGAUCUGGAUGCAUACAAUGGUAUCGUGUGUUGCUCUAACGACGGAUUGCCUUACGAGGUGUUCAACGGACUGGCCAGGCGAACAGAUGCUCUCAAAGCGUUGUCUAUUAUAGCAGUGGCCAUGUUUCCUUGCGGUUCGGGAAAUGCAAUGGCGUGGAACCUCCUCGGAACGAAUGACCCCUUGCUUGCCGCUUUGGGGAUCGGGAAGGGGCUGAAAAUGCCAUUGGAUCUGGUAUCAAUCCCCCAAGGGGAUCGUCAUACUGUUUCGUUUCUCUCCCAGGCACUAGGUGUUCUUGCAGAAUGCGAUUUGAAAACCGAGCAUUUGAGAUGGAUGGGGGAUAGUCGGUUUAUCUACGGUGUCCUGGCAACUAUCGCUCAUAAUACCAGGUAUUCCUGCCAACUUGCCUUCAAACCCACCGCGGGAGAAAAGGCAUAUACAAAGAAGACUCGCAAGAAGUCUGCUCAGCAGCCCACCACUCUACCUCUAAAGUAUGGUACCGUUCUGGAUGAGAUUCCAGAGGAUUGGGAGAUUAUGCCCCGAGAACGCUUGGCCAGUUUCUACACCAGUAACAUGAAGAUUGUCGCAAAGGAUACGAACUUCUUCCCAGACGCAUUACCAAAUGAUGGGCUCUUGGACGUCAUGAUAGUUGAUGAAACUAUUGGCUAUGCAGGUGCUGUCGAAGCAAUCAUCAAGCUUCCGCGGGGCAAAUGCCACGAUCUUAAGCAUGUUGAAAUGAGAAAAGUGUCGGCAUACCGGCUGACACCGUGGAAACAAGAUGGGGAUAUCAGCGUGGAUGGUGAGCGAUAUCCAUUCGAAGCCUUUCAGAUCGAAGUUCAUCAAGGUCUGGGUCGAGUACUUUCGAAGGCGGCGAAUUCGUAUCAAGAAAUGGGUGUAUAA